UUCUCAUCCUCUCAUUUCAUUAGAACUGUUGCAUCUCGCUGAAACCCUAAUACCAGUCCCGAUCAACACCUGCUGCUGCCGCCGCUUCUGCUUUCCUCCUUAUCGUUCGAGCGGAACAUGGCGAUCGAGAAAUCCGCACCUAGCAAGCUCCGGUGGGGUGAAUUGGACGAGGAUGAUGGGGAGGAUCUGGACUUCCUGUUGCCUCCGAAAGAAGUGAUUGGACCCGAUGAGAGUGGGAUUAAACGAGUUAUUGAGUACAAGUUCAACGACGAUGGAAACAAGGUGAAGAUCACGACAACGACCCGCGUGAGGAAGCUGGCCAAGGCUCGCCUGAGUCGACGGGCGUUGGAACGGAGAAAUUGGCCAAAGUUCGGCGACGCAGUCCAUGAGGACGUAGGGGCUCGGCUAACUAUGGUCUCUACGGAGGAGAUCGUGCUUGAACGACCCAGGGCUCCAGGUAGCAAACAGGAAGAAAACAAGUUGGGUGGUGAUAGCUUGACUCAGCUACCCAAAGGAGCAGUUCUCAUGUUGUGCAGAACAUGUGGGAAGAAAGGAGAUCACUGGACAUCAAGGUGUCCGUACAAGGAUCUUGCUGCCCCGGUCGAAUCAUUUGUUGACAAACCUCCUACAUCUGAGGCUGCUGCUCCUGGCGGAGCCACCAAGGGUUCUUAUGUCCCACCAAGCAUGAGGCCUGGUGCUGAGAGAAGUGUUGGUUCGGAUAUGCGGCGCAGGAAUGAAGAGAAUUCGGUUCGUGUCACCAACCUCUCUGAGGACACACGUGAGCCGGACUUGCUCGAUCUCUUCCGCCCAUUUGGUCCUGUGAGUCGUGUCUAUGUUGCUAUCGAUCAGAAGACUGGUGUCAGCAGAGGUUUUGGGUUCGUCAACUUUGUGAGCAAGGAAGAUGCUGAGAGGGCGAUAAACAAGCUGAACGGAUAUGGUUAUGACAACCUUAUCCUUCGUGUUGAGUGGGCUACCCCCAGAGCGAAUUAGAGAUCAGUGUCAGCAGAGCCCUGCAAGUUUUUGGUAUCCUGUUGUUAGUACUUGUAAGCUCUUCUUGCCAUUUUGGAUCUUGGUUCUUUCCAUUUGCAUGAUGUCGCUUAAGGAGGCUGAUGAUAUUUUUAUGCGUUCUGUAAUUUCUUUUCUGCAUCUAGUCUUAUACUAUGCAUAUUGAUCUCGACUACCUUGGUAGAUCUUUUAUCAACUUAGUUUACAUUCUAGCCCGGAGCGUUGGAUUCUAAUAUGCAAAAACAGAUAAUUUGGAUUCAUAGGGUUCUGCUUGUUCAGUUAAAUUUAACUGGAUUGGGUGGCAUGCUAAUUGGAGCCACAAUUGGCAGCCAAAGCUGCGU